CAACGAACCUUUGAGAGAAAACACAACGCCACGCCACGCCACGCCACGCAAAACCCGAUCUUUGCCAUUCCUCUCAAAGGCCUAAGCCAUGUCUGGACGCUCCCACGCGCCGCCGCCGCCGCCUCGGGCACUCUACAAGCAGCAGUCUUGGUCGCCGGACAUGCUCCGCGACGAGGCGUGGCAGCGGCGGAAGGAGAGCGCCCGCCGGCGCCCCCACCGGCUGAGCAAGAGCCUCUCGGAGGACGACCUGGCGGAGCUGAAGGCGUGCAUCGAGCUAGGGUUCGGCUUCGAUUCGCCCGAAAUUGACCCCAAAUUGUCCCACACCAUCCCCGCUUUGGAAUUCUACCACGCCGUUAAUAAACGCUUCAACCACCACGCUUUAUCUCGCUCUUCUUCUUCCUCUUCCCUUCUCUCCGACAACCACAUUGCUAGCCCCACCACUAUUUUCAACCCAGGCGAUGAUUUGGCUGCGAAGAAGACACGGUUGAAGCAAUGGGCGCAGGUGGUUGCGUGUGCGGUGAGGGAAUCUUCUUCUUCGUCUUUGGGCUCAUACACUUCCGACCAAAGUUAGUUGAUAGUUGAAUAUCUGAGGGAACAAGACCAACGUUGGACCAUGAUUUGUUUGUAGAUAGUUUUCGAUGGUUUCUUUUCAUUUUUUUUUUUAAUUUUAUUUUAAGAUUUGUUAUUUACUAAUGUAAUUUGAAUAUGUGGGUGGGUAUAUACAUUUUCAGACUCAAAACAUUAGUUGUGUUAAUUUCAGUUCUUUUGCCAGUGGGUAGAUGUUUGAGAGGGGUUUUUUUAGGCUGGUUGCUCAUUCUUUUUUAUAUAAAAUAUAUAUUGGUGAUAAACGUUUAUGUGUUUUGUUGUUUGUGCAAUUCAAUUUGUGUUUUAGUGUUUGGC